GAUAUGUGCAGUGUCCAUAGAAAUUUGUUCGGUUUUUUUUUUCCAAAUGAUAAUUCGGCCCCUCAACAAUCUGAGGGACCAUGAACCGGCCCUCCACUUUAAAAGUUUGAGGACCCCUGCCUUAGAUGGUGGGCUGUAGUGUUUGGGAAGGACAUUGGCAUGGUUUGGGCUGCAUUUUCAUGGCGCUCAUUGUAACGACAAUGUCAGUGGAAAAGAGUGACAGUGUCAGUGGAAAAGAGAUUUUUAACCCUGGGAAGUAUAGCCUGUUUGUGGAGGCUGUCUGUGCGAGCAGACAUCUGUGCCACAUACACACAUAUGGGUUUUUGCUUUUAUUAUAGAUUUAGAUUAGAUUUAGAUAGAUUAGAUUUAGAUAGAUUAGAUUAGAUAUUGUAAAGGCUAAAAUCAAAAGGAUUUGUAAACAGAUCAUGCCACAUAUAUUUGCUCUUCAGGUCACUCCAAAAGUAAUGCACACCAUUUUUUAAAAAAUCAAAUUUAUUCAACAUUUUUGCUAUUUAUACAGUAUAUUGAUAUAUAGGGGGGGAAAUGUCACAUUUCCACAUAGUCCCCAUCCCUUUCAACAACCUGACACCACCUUGGGACUGUAUGCCUCACAGUAUCAGCUCACAUGCCACUUAAUUUAUUGUCUCUUUGUCUUUGGUUCAAAAUGGUGUGACCGUGUUUCAUCUCCCAUCAUGAUUUUUGAAAGAAAUGUUUCCAUCAUUCUCAUACUGAGCCAAGAGUUCGCUGAAUGCGGAUUUUCAGAUUUCCUGGUUUGCAUCUGUCCACUUCCUCAGGACCCACCUUGUACAGACUUUCUUCAAUUGCACGCACUUGCUUCCCCAAUGUCCAGUUGAUGUGACAUUUCUUUAACAGUUAUGCACCUAUCAGCCUUAACCAUGUCAUUCACAUGCUCCACAUUGUCAGUUUGUGUGGUGUAUGGUCUGCUGCUUUGUGGAGCAUCCUGAAAAGAACAUGCCUUUUUUCACCAGAUAACCUGCGCACCCAGCGACUAACAGUACUGUGAUCGGCAGUGUCACCUUCCUCAGUCUUGUCAAUGUUCCCGACUGUCUCAUUCUCACAAAACAGGAAUCAAUUACAGCACGUUGCUCUGAUGGAUCUAAAGAGCAGCAAACAUCUUGGAGGAGUGCGAUGACAGCGCUGUAUGCAGGUGUGGGUUGAAUUCAAUCUGAACGAAAGUGGGAAGGAUUCCUCUGUGCCCUCAGCAAAUAGCAAAGAUGUAGAAUAACUUUUUUUAAUGUUGUGCAAUACUUUUGGAGAGACCCUCAUAUUUUAAGUGAAAAUUUAAGAUUUGUGUGGGCUCUCUAAACCACAUUACUAGGUUACUGGUUCACUGGAAAUGCUUUUUAUGAAAGGAACCUAUUGAAGCAUGAUGGAAAGAAGACAGGGAAUGUAAUGCUGUGUAUGUCAUGUAAAAAUACAGUUUAACAUUACCUGUGGCUUGUCCAGUAUAUGUACCCCAAGACAUACAAUGUGUACCUCAAAAAUUGAUACAUCUGUAACAGCUUAAAAGUUCUGGGAUAAAAUGUUGGUGAAUCCCCUCCCCUCAAAUAUAUUAUUAUAAUAUUUAUUUAUUUAUUUAUAUCCAGCUUUCUUCCCUCAUUGGGGAUUCAAAGCGGGAUUCAAAUGUAUGUAGCCUUAACACCACCAUUGUGUGUAUUCUGCGAAAGUUGAGUUUUAUUAAAUAUCUUAUUUAAUUAACAAGGAUUUUAUAUGCUGUUUAUUGUAUAUUUGUUUCAUGUAAAUUGUCAUUGCUAUUGUUUUACUGUAUUUUGUGUAUUUUAUUGCACUAUUACGUGCUUAUGUAAGCCACUCCAAGACCCUUUGGGAGAUGGUGGCGGGCCAUAAAGUAUUAUUGUUAUUAUUAUUAUUAUUGUUGUUAUUAUUAUUAUUAUUAUUAUUAUUAUUAUUAUUAUUAUUAUUAUUAAGCAUUCUGUAUUCUGUCUAAGAAGGCUAUGAGAUGACAUGUCCACUGAGAGUACAUGAGUCCCUUUCCACAUGGCUUGGUUAAAUUUUGCUGGCAGUCCCUAGCUUUAUGUGGCUGCUCUCCGUGUUUUGUUAGUUUGGAAGAGAUGUUUGAGAAUGGGGGUAAAUAAACAGAAGCGUUCUGUUUGAGGCUUUAGCAGGAUGAGUAUGAGGGUGAAGCCUGGAGUGCUGAGUUACCACCUCAGCAAAUCAAGAGACAAGUGAUGGAGCUGUUGCAAUGCGGUGUAAUACACAGUAGAGUCUCACUUAUCCAACAUUAAUGGGGCCGGGAGAACGUUGGAUAAGUGAAUAUGUUGGAUAAUACGGAGGGAUUAAGGAAAAGCCUAUUAAACAUCAAAUUAGGUUAUGAUUUUACAAAUUAAGCACCAAAACAUGUUUUACAACAAAUUUGACAGAAAAAGCAGUUCAAUACAUAACAAUGUUUUAUAGAAAUUACUGUAUUUACGAAUUUAGCACCAAAACAUCACAAUGUAUUGAAAAGAUUGACUACAAAAACAUUCACUACUAAAAGGCAGACUGCAUUGGAUAAUCCAAUCGAAUGUUGGAUAAGUGAGACUCUACUGUACAUACAAGGUUUAUUGGCCAGCCAGAAUGGUAAAAUAACAUACAAAAUGACCCCUUUUCUAUUUAAAGUAACUCUGAGAACUGUAUAUUUGUAGUCGAUUGGUGUAAAUUGUAGGGGUGAUGCAGAUAUUUGAUCUGUUUCAAGAUUUUGACCCCUUGUUAACAGUUUGUUUAUUUUAACUUUGGUUGUAAUGUGGGUUGUAUGUCGUAUGUGUUAAAUGUGUUUGUCAAAUGUUUUGAUACUUUCAAUAGGCUAAUCAAUAAAAUGUAUGUAUCUCUUUUAAGAGUUACAUGCAAGGUUUGUUUUCCAGUUUGAAGAUGUGGUGGCUAGUUGUAGGAGUUGGAAACAUCAUCAUCUAUAUCAUCAUCAUCAUCAUCACGCAGUAUCUGCAAACAGAUUGUUCUGUUGAAAGAGAAGGUACUAGAGUUUGAUGCCCACUUAAAAUCAUCAUAGAAUCCUACUUACGGAGUUGGAAGAGACCACAAAGGUCAUCCAGUCUAACCCCUUGCUAUGAAUAAUCAGGGAAGAUUAAUUGUUUUUAGACAGAGCGGAGCACUCUUCAGGAAGAACAUAGAAAGGAUGUGCCAAGGGAUGAGGAAGGCAACCAAAGGAAGAAGCGAAUGUUUGAAAGAAUGUGACACACAGAAAUAUCAGAAAUUAUUCUCUACCUCUGAAGUUACAAAGACAUGUCCUGGACCAGCCUCAGAAAGCUCAGCAGUGUUGGUGGAAGGGCUCCUGUACCUCCCUGAGGUACAAGAAGAGAUCUGUGGUGGUUGUUGGUGAUUCUUGCUGAGGAGGGUAAAGGCAUGGCGAUACCUCAGUGGACAUAAUCAAAAGCCUUCCUGAAAUGGCAGGCAUAGAUUAUGAAGGGUGUGGUUGCAUUCAGGUGGCAUCUCCUCAAUAAUACUGAAAUGGGGACCUCCUUUCUGUUGAAAUUGUCCACAUGCUUGUGGAUUUCAACAGCUUCUCUGUGUAGUCUGUCAGAAGAAACCAUGUAAAUGAACAAAAUCUGGCUACCAAUAUUAAAAAAACCCUCUAAAAUCAGAACAGUAAAUAAAGAACAAAUCAGAGGACAAGGGAAUUCCAGACAGGCAACAAUCAGGGCCAGCUAACACCUCCCAACAAAGGAUUCCUCCAGGCAGGAAGCAGCCAGACUUUGAAGCUACAAGAUCAUGUAAUGCUAAUCAAGGUGGCCAAUUGCACCAUUCACACUUGCCUCAGAGAAAAGUUCUUUCUCCCACCCUGGACAGAUAUAUAAACCCCACUUGCCAAGUUUCCAACAGCAAGGGAGCGUUCCAACCGUGACGUACGGCAGAGCGGCACGAGACGAAGCGCCGCGCCACCUCCCUCGAGCUCCCCUCAGGUGACGCCCAACGGCCUUUCUGUCCGUCGGCGGAGGGCGGGCGAGGGAGAGUGAGGUGCUGCGGGCCUCAAUUCACUCGUGUGUGCCCUCCGACGGGCAAUGCGGUGGGACCUUGGCUUUGCUGCCGCUUCAUUUUGGGCGCUGGUAGUGCUGAGCGAGGUAUCGUCGUUACCAGUGACCUCAACAGAAAAAUGUGGAUUACGCCCUGCUGUGGAAUUCAAAACAAAGCCUCGGAUUGUAGGUGGCCAUGAUGCUCAAAUUGGAGCAUGGCCAUGGCAAGUUAGUCUUCAGGUUUACCGAUUCGGUACUGGAUAUCACCAUGUUUGUGGUGGAUCUUUAAUUAACAAUGAUUCUGUGCUGACAGCAGCACACUGUAUUAUGAAAUGGAGGGAUCCACAUUUUUGGAGAGUUGUACUUGGUUUGCAUGAUCUUUAUAACCAUAACACUUACACUGUAAAGAGCCUGGUCAGAGCUAUAUUGGUCCAUUUUAACUUCAAGAACGAGUCCUAUGACAAUGAUAUUGCCUUGAUGAAAUUACAGACAUCUGUCAUAUUCAGUGACCGUAUUCAGCCCAUCUGCAUAUCUAGUAGUCCUCGUUUGAUAACUCUCGAAACUCCAUGUUUCAUAAGCGGAUGGGGAAGUGAAAAGGAGAAAGGCAAAGCAAAAUACAUAUUACAGGAAGCUCAGGUGAACGUUAUUCCACCAAAAGUUUGUAACAGAUAUGAUUGGUAUGCAGGAGCAGUAACAUGGAAUAUGUUAUGUGCUGGCUCUGAAGGUGGAGAGGUUGAUAGCUGCCAGGGAGACAGUGGUGGACCCCUGAUGUGCUAUUUUCCAAAUGAAAAAAAGUUUUACCUGAUAGGAAUCACCAGCUAUGGUGUUGGCUGUGGCCGACCCAAAUUUCCAGGAGUCUAUGUACGCAUUUCGCAUUACAGAAAUUGGAUAAAUACCCGUGCUAUAUUUAGCAGAACUACCACUGUGAGCAUCCAACAUUUUCUGAUUGUUUUGACUGUGGAAUGGGUAACCUUUCACUUUGUACUUGAAAGAGAAAAUCUCUUCUUCCGUUGCAUUGAAAUUAUCUUGGACUGCUCUUUAAAUGUAUUUAUUUUUCUUGCAAAGAAGUUUAUUUAGCAAUAUUCAUUGUUUUAAUAAACAUUAAAAUACAUUCUAAUAGACUUGUAGAUACAUUCUUGAAAUUC